UAUUAUUGAAACCCCGUUUAUAUUUUCCCAUACGUAUGUCUUCAUUGGCUUUAUGAAAUAUAUUUUUCCUAGCCUUUUUAUCAAAAGAAGUUACAUUAUUGCUUUAAACUUUGUCCUUAACGAAGACAACAUUAUCAUGACACAUUUUUAGUUUUAAUUACUUCCAAACCAGUAGGACGUUGCUCACGUUUAAUGCAUUUUUCUUUCAUUGGCCUAUGUUUUGCUAAACAGCAAUGGAAAUAUUGUUCUUUUUCGCAGAUUAAUGAUUAAAAAAAAGGAAUAAUGCAAUACCAAUAAUUUUAAGAAGUCAUUGCAGAAAUAUGGAGACGGAUAUUAGCAGUCCUGCAAACUGGAGACUGAGGAAUGUAAAUAAACACUGGUUCUUAGAUAUCGAUGGCAAAUUGAAAAGGCUGAACAUGUUGAAUGGUUCAACUGAAGCUCUUCUGGAUAAUGACAUAAUAUUUAGUGACUAUUCCAUGUAUCAAAUUUAUGAAGAAAAUGGUGAAGUGAUGAUUACAGAAAUAGAGGAUAUUUAUCAGAAACAUAUUCCAUCAGGUCGCCAACAAGAUGAUACAAUUAUUUCCAUGCAUGGGGGUGGAGAUUCAGUUCAGAAUUUUGCUUUCAUGGAAGAAAACACGGAACAAAACGAGGAAAGGAGACGUUUUGCAGAGAAUGAAGAAGAAGAUGAUAGUUCAGAUGAUCAACAAGAGGUAAAUUAUAGCAUUGGGAGUGAAGAAUACAUAAAAAAGAGGGGAAAAUUCCGGCGCCUUAUUGAUCGCAUUAAACAAAUUAAGAAAAAGAACCGAAGAGAGAAAAACUUCAAUUUGAAAAAGAAAGAGGAACCAAUAUACGAAGAUAUAAACAAAGAUGACUACGGCUACGACUAUUUACCAAUCAAAUGUAAAGAAAAAAUGUGUGAUGAUAUAACUGAUAAGAAAUAUGAUGAUGAUGAUGAUGAUUAUGGAGACUAUGACGAUUACACUACAUUCAAAGAACUAACAAGAGAGUACGCCGAAGGGUCAAGUGUCUCUUUGAUGAAAAAAGUGACAGCAAUUUUUGAUUUUGAUAAACUUACUGACGAAGACCUAAGCUUCAAACAGCUGGAUGAACUAAAUGUCUUCGAGGAUAUCGUAAGUGAAAACUCUGAAUGGUGUUAUGCAGAACAUUUGGUGACGCGAGAAAAGGGCUUCGUUCCAGUUGCGUACAUCACUCAAGCGGAUGUUAAACUACUUACGCAAGAAUGGUGGCAUAACAUAGACAGAGAAGGAGCGGAAGAGCUGUUGACAAACCUUCACAGACCUACCCUGGGAACAUACCUUAUUAGACCUUCUAGCGGUGACAAUAUUUAUGCAUUAUCGAUGAUUGUUCCUACUACACAUAACAAAGAACAACGUAUUUUUCACUACGCCAUCAAAUCACGAGAUGAUCACUUAUAUAUAUCCCGAGACAAGCAAUUUAGGGACAUAUUUGCUCUUGUUGAUUAUUACAAACAUGAAGACGCUAGGCUUCAAUGUAAUUUGAAGAUCCCUGCUCAAAGACAAAGCCCUCUUGUUUACCCACGGAGCAUAGAAGUACAAAAGAAAUAUAUUGAAAUUAUCAAGUCUAUACACAUUGGUACAUUUGGGGUGCUUUUUGGAGGAAAAUUGUGCAACAUCCUUGACGUUACUAUCGUGACUAAAUGCAAAAGUGAAGUAGAACGUUUUUUGGCCGAGGCUAAUCAUCUAUACAAGUUUCUUCACAGCAAACAUCUUGUCAGAGUAAUAGCUGUUGUUCUUGAAGCAAAACCAUUUAUGAUUGUGCUCAGGGAGACUGUUCAAGAAACGCUUCAAUACUAUUUGAGGAAAUGUGAUAAAAAAAGAAUAUCGUUCAAAAGGUUGACUAAUAUGGCUGCAGAGAUUGCUAAAGGUAUGGCGUUUCUUGAAGAAAAUUGCAUUGUCCACGGGAAUUUGAAAUCUGAAAACGUAUUUAUUUGUGAGCAUGAUAAACUAAAGAUACUGCAUCCAAAACUCAUUAAACUAAUGAGAACAAGUGCCAAUGAUGAACAUGAAGAAGGGGACACAGAAUGGCAAUGGACAGCACCGGAAGUAGUAGAAGACGAAAGUGUUUUGUGCACAAAGUCUGACGUAUGGUCGUUUGGAGUUGUGAUGUAUGAAAUCAUCACAUUUGGUGGAGUGCCGUAUGCAGGUUUAGAAAAGGAAGAGACUUUGCAUAAGUUAUUGAGAGGUCAUUUCCGGGAGCCAAUACCUGUACAAUGUCCUUACUCGUUUUACAACACGAUACUUCAAUGUUGGCAUCAAAUUCCGGAUUGUAGACUAACAUUUGAUUUCCUGUACAAUUUUCUUGAUGACUUUGAAGUUGCUUCGGAGCCUGUAAUGGUUCUAGACGGUUACCAGUCUAAGUUGAUAAAAAAAUGGACAUUGAAGAUUGAAAAGGAAGAGCAGACGAGAGGAAAAUUAGAAGAUGAAAAAGAAGAGAUAACAAACAAAUCGGAUGAUCCAAACGAAUACGCAUUUCCUAACGUAAAGACUGAUACACUUAUUGAUCAAACUGAAAGCAACAAAAAUGUUGACAUAACUCCAGGAUUUGAUGCGACAGCCUUGUAUGAUUACACAGCAGAGGCUGAUGACGAGAUAUCUUUGGACCCUGGCGAAAUCAUAACAAACAUAGAACCGAUAGAUGAAGGUUGGUGGAUUGGGACAACGGCAAAUGGAGUACGUGGGAUAUUUCCAGCCAAUUAUGUGGAAGUCUGUGCAAGAAAUAUACAUAUUGAUCAAACUGCAAGCGACAAAGAGGUUGACAUUACACCAGGAUUUGAUGCGAAUGCCUUGGACGACUACACGGCAGAUACACAUAUUGUUCAAACUGAAAGCAACAAAAAUGUUGACAUUACAUCAGGAUUUGAUGCGACAGCCUUUAGCGAUUACACAGCAGAGGACGAUAACGAGAUAUCUUUUGACCAAGGCGACAUAAUAACAAAUAUAGAUCCAAUAGAUAUUGGUUGGUGGAUAGGAACAACAGUAAAUGGAGAACGUGGGAAAUUUCCAGCACAUUAUGUGAGAGUUUGUGUAAAACAUACACAUAUUGACCAAACUGUAAGCAACAAAGAUAUUGACAUUACACCAGGAUUUGAAGGGAAACCGUUGGACGACUACACAGCAGACCUACAUGAUGAUCAAAGUACAAGCAACAGAAUUGUUGAUAUUACUCCAGGAUUUGAUGUCACUGCCUUAUAUGGUUUCACUGCAGAGACUGAUGACCAGAUCUCUUUUGAUCCGGGCGACAUGAUAACAAACAUAGAACGGAUAAAUGAUGAUUGGUGGAGAGGGACGACGGCAAAGGGAAUACGCGGGCUUUUUCCAGCUACUUAUGUUGAAGUUCAUGAAAUCACUUAUGCUGAAGUAAAAAAUCAAAAUAAUGUACAAAAGAUAAUUGAACGCAUGCAACUGAAUUAAAACUUUCAAUAAAACAGCAAUGCUUCGGCAAAGGACGUCAUAUUUGUAAAGUAAAAUGCGUUUAAAAAGAGAAAACACGAAAUAUCAUAUACAAGUGAAUUACGUUACACAAAAUAUUAUAGGUAAUUGUCUAAUCAGUGAUUAGACUGAUGACUGCAUCCGCAAUAAUGUAUAGAUACCAAACCAUAACAGAGCUAAAAGUUAGAAAAUGUAAUUUUUGAAUGAGGAACGAAUACAAUUGUUUUCUUUUUUAUAUUCAUUUUAAGUUUUGAAUUCAUUUAUAUUGUGAUUUAGUUAAUCCAAAUUGUUUCAUAUGAGUCAUACAAUUAUGAUAGACUUGCUUUAUAUAUUGUUUAAUAUCUUUGACGAAAUAUAUAGAAAUAAUAAAAUGUUUUUGCUUUUCUCAGAAACAAUUCUAGACAGAUUUCACAGUAGAUAAACGAAAUUACAGAACAGUGCCUUGCAAGCCUAUACAAAUCCAAUGUGUAGCCUGUCUUGAGAUUACAAACACGUGACUUCCUUGUUCUUUCGAGCCUUUAUAUUUUAACUUGAACUUUUCUUGCGAUAACAGAAGUAGACUUGUUAUUAUACUAUAUAGAUGAAAUAAAGAUGUGUGUAGAACUAUUUUGAUAGUUUUAAGCUUUGAAAUAUCUUGGCCGUCUUAUAGUCUUUGCUCUUUGUUUAUAUAAUUGGUAAAUAUUAAGGAUAUCAUAUUUCAUACUUUCAUUUUAUACUUAUAAAACAAGCCUAGUUAAGAAGAGAAAAAUAUUCGUGUAAUGAAAUUACCACAUUGACAUAUACAGCAGAAAAUGGGAAAUCAGAAUUAAUCGCACAUCGGUUCAAGUUAAAAGAUGUCUGACAGGUUUAACAAUAUGUUUUUUAGAUGUUUGACUAUUGAAACUAAUACUUAUAAAGAUGUUCGACACGUUGAAAUAUAUGUCAUCACGAUGUUUAAAAGGUUAA